GGCUGAGACCGCCCAGCGCUGCGGAGCGGGAGGGGAGGCUUCGCGGAACGCUCUCGGCGCCAGGACUCGCGUGCAAAGCCCAGGCCCGGGCGGCCAGACCAAGAGGGAAGAAGCACAGAAUUCCUCAACUCCCAGUGUGCCCAUGAGUAAGAGCAAAUGCUCCGUGGGACUCAUGUCUUCCGUGGUGGCCCCGGCUAAGGAGCCCAAUGCCGUGGGCCCGAAGGAGGUGGAGCUCAUCCUUGUCAAGGAGCAGAACGGAGUGCAGCUCACCAGCUCCACCCUCACCAACCCACGGCAGAGCCCCGUGGAGGCCCAGGAUCGGGAGACCUGGGGCAAGAAGAUCGACUUUCUCCUGUCCGUCAUUGGCUUUGCUGUGGACCUGGCCAACGUCUGGCGGUUCCCCUACCUGUGCUACAAAAAUGGCGGCGGUGCCUUCCUGGUCCCCUACCUGCUCUUCAUGGUCAUUGCUGGGAUGCCACUUUUCUACAUGGAGCUGGCCCUCGGCCAGUUCAACAGGGAAGGGGCCGCUGGUGUCUGGAAGAUCUGCCCCAUACUGAAAGGUGUGGGCUUCACGGUCAUCCUCAUCUCACUGUAUGUCGGCUUCUUCUACAACGUCAUCAUCGCCUGGGCGCUGCACUAUCUCUUCUCCUCCUUCACCACGGAGCUCCCCUGGAUCCACUGCAACAACUCCUGGAACAGCCCCAACUGCUCGGAUGCCCAUCCUGGUGACUCCAGUGGAGACAGCUCGGGCCUCAACGACACUUUUGGGACCACACCUGCUGCCGAGUACUUUGAACGUGGCGUGCUGCACCUCCACCAGAGCCAUGGCAUCGACGACCUGGGGCCUCCGCGGUGGCAGCUCACAGCCUGCCUGGUGCUGGUCAUCGUGCUGCUCUACUUCAGCCUCUGGAAGGGUGUGAAGACCUCAGGGAAGGUGGUAUGGAUCACAGCCACCAUGCCAUACGUGGUCCUCACUGCCCUGCUCCUGCGUGGGGUCACCCUCCCUGGAGCCAUAGACGGCAUCAGAGCAUACCUGAGCGUUGACUUCUACCGGCUCUGCGAGGCGUCUGUUUGGAUCGACGCGGCCACCCAGGUGUGCUUCUCCCUGGGCGUGGGGUUCGGGGUGCUGAUCGCCUUCUCCAGCUACAACAAGUUCACCAACAACUGCUACAGGGACGCGAUUGUCACCACCUCCAUCAACUCCCUGACGAGCUUCUCCUCCGGCUUCGUCGUCUUCUCCUUCCUGGGGUACAUGGCACAGAAGCACAGUGUGCCCAUCGGGGACGUGGCCAAGGACGGGCCGGGGCUGAUCUUCAUCAUCUACCCGGAAGCCAUCGCCACGCUCCCUCUGUCCUCGGCCUGGGCCGUGGUCUUCUUCAUCAUGCUGCUCACCCUGGGUAUCGACAGCGCCAUGGGCGGUAUGGAGUCAGUGAUCACCGGGCUCAUCGAUGAGUUCCAGCUGCUGCACAGACACCGUGAGCUCUUCACGCUCUUCAUCGUCCUGGCGACCUUCCUUCUGUCCCUGUUCUGCGUCACCAACGGUGGCAUCUACGUCUUCACGCUCCUGGACCAUUUUGCAGCCGGCACAUCCAUCCUCUUUGGAGUGCUCAUCGAAGCCAUUGGAGUGGCCUGGUUCUAUGGUGUUGGGCAGUUCAGCGACGACAUCCAGCAGAUGACUGGGCAGCGGCCCAGCCUGUACUGGCGGCUGUGCUGGAAGCUGGUCAGCCCCUGCUUUCUCCUGUUCGUGGUCGUGGUCAGCAUCGUGACCUUCAGACCCCCCCACUACGGAGCCUACAUCUUCCCCGACUGGGCCAACGCGCUGGGCUGGGUCAUCGCCACAUCCUCCAUGGCCAUGGUGCCCAUCUAUGCGGCCUACAAGUUCUGCAGCCUGCGUGGGUCCUUUCGAGAGAAACUGGCCUACGCCAUCGCGCCCGAGAAGGACCGUGAGCUGGUGGACAGAGGGGAGGUGCGCCAGUUCACGCUCCGCCACUGGCUCAAGGUGUAGAGGGAGCAGAGACGAAGACCCCAGGAAGUCAUCCCGCAAUGGGAGAGACACGAACAAACCAAGGAAAUCUAAGUUUCGAGAGAAAGGAGGGCAACUUCUACUCCUCAACCUCUACUGAAAACACAAACAACAAAGCAGAAGCCUCCUCUCUUUUGACUGUUUACACCUUUCCGUGCCGGGAGCGCACCUCGCCGUGUCUUGUGUUGCUGUAAUAACGACGUAGAUCUGUGCAGUGAGGUCCACCCCGUUCUUGUCCCUGCAGGGCAGAAAAACGUCUAACUUCAUGCUGUCUGUGUGAGGCUCCCUCCCUCCCUGCUCCCGGCUCCCGGCUCCGAGGCUGCCCCAAGGGCACUGUGUUCUCAGGCGGGGAUCACGAUCCUUGUAGACGCACCUGCUGAGAAUCCCCGUGCUCACAGUAGCUUCCUAGACCAUUUACUUUGCCCAUAUUAAAAAGCCAAGUGUCCCGCUUGGUUUAGCUGUGCAGAAGGUGAAAUGGAGGAAACCACAAAUUCAUGCAAAGUCCUUUCCCGAUGCGUGGCUCCCAGCAGAGGCCGUAAAUUGAGCGUUCAGUUGACACAUUGCACACGCAGUCUGUUCAGAGGCAUUGGAGGAUGGGGGUCCUGGUAUGUCUCACCAGGAAAUUCUGUUUAUGUUCUUGUAGCAGAGAGAAAUAAAACUCCUUGAAACCAGCUCAGGCUACUGCCACUCAGGCAGCCUGUGGGUCCUUGCGGUGUAGGGAACGGCCUGACAGGAGCGUGUACUACCCCAGGACGCAUGCAGGGCCCCCAUGCAGGCAGCCUGCAGACCACACUCCGCCUGGCCUUGAGCCGUGACCUCCAGGAAGGGACCCCACUGGAAUUUUAUUUCUCUCAGGUGCGUGCCACAUCAAUAACAACAGUUUUUAUGUUUGCGAAUGGCUUUUUAAAAUCAUAUUUACCUGUAAAUCAAAACAAAUUCAAGAAUGCAGUAUCCGCGAGCCUGCUUGCUGAUAUUGCAGUUUUUGUUUACAAGAAUAAUUAGCAAUACUGAGUGAAGGAUGUUGGCCAAAAGCUGCUUUCCAUGGCACACUGCCCUCUGCCACUGACAGGAAAGUGGAUGCCAUAGUUUGAAUUCAUGCCUCAAGUCGGUGGGCCUGCCUACGUGCUGCCCGAGGGCAGGGGCCGUGCAGGGCCAGUCAUGGCUGUCCCCUGCAAGUGGACGUGGGCUCCAGGGACUGGAGUGUAAUGCUCGGUGGGAGCCGUCAGCCUGUGAACUGCCAGGCAGCUGCAGUUAGCACAGAGGAUGGCUUCCCCAUUGCCUUCUGGGGAGGGACACAGAGGACGGCUUCCCCAUCGCCUUCUGGCCGCUGCAGUCAGCACAGAGAGCGGCUUCCCCAUUGCCUUCUGGGGAGGGACACAGAGGACAGCUUCCCCAUCGCCUUCUGGCUGCUGCAGUCAGCACAGAGAGCGGCUUCCCCAUCGCCUUCUGGGGAGGGGCUCCGUGUAGCAACCCAGGUGUUGUCCGUGUCUGUUGACCUCUCUCUAGUCAGCAUCGUGUGGGUCCCUAAGCACAAUAAAAGACAUCCACAAUGGAAAAACUG